AUGGAUCCGGCGGUAAACUCGGGGCUGCAGAGCAGCAGCAGCAACACAGCUGACUGGUCAGAUCUGAGCUUCUCCCACCUGAGCACCGUCUCACCUGAGCUGCCGAGCUUGGUCUCUGCCAGCUCCGUUCGACCUACAGCAAACCUUUCAGCGCUCAGACGGCCUCCAGGCAGCAGCGUGGACGUUCACCGGGCCUCGGCAGCGCCGGCUCUGAGCGCCGCCGACGGCGACUCCGCUCUGCGGGGAGUUCUGGUCGCGGUUCAGGCUCUGGUGCUGCUCUCCAUCUUCCUCCUCUCCAGUCUGGGUAACUCGGCCGUGGUCGUCGUCAUCGUCAAGCACAGACGGCUCCGAACGGUGACCAACGCCUUCGUCGCGUCGCUGUCGCUCUCCGACUUCCUCGCGGCCGUCCUGUGCCUGCCCUUCUCCUUCGUCAUGCUCUUCGGCAAGGACGGGGCGUGGUGGACGUUUGGCGAUGCUUUCUGCGUCGCCAACGGCUUCUUCAACACCUGCUUUGGGAUCGUCUCCACCCUCACCAUGACUCUGAUCUCCUUCGACAGGUACUACGCCAUCGUCAGGCAGCCGCGGGCCAAAAUCGACCGCCGGCAGGCGGCUCGGCUGCUGACGGGGGUGUGGCUGACGGCGGCGGCGUUCUCCCUGCCCUGGUACCUGCUGGUCCAGGCGCCCGCAAACGCCCACAAACGAAGUUUCCACCGCUGCACGUACGUGUUCCACCCGGGGACGUCCAGCACGGGGGCGGCCUACAGCGUUUCCCUCAUCGUGGUGUGUUUCCUGCUGCCCUUCUCCCUCAUGUGCUUCUGCCAUUACAACAUCUGCAAGACGGUGCGGCUCUCAGAGACAAGGGUGCGGCCAGUCACCACGUACGCCCACCUGCCACGCUUCUACGGCGAGAUGCGGACGGCCACCACCGUGCUCGUCAUGAUCGUGUUCGUAGUCUUCUGCCGGGGGCCGUAUUGUCUGAUGGGGUUGGUGGCGGCGAUCGGAGAUUACGGGUUCGACCCGGCCGCGGACGCGGCGGCCACGUGGCUGGCCUGGGCCAACGGGGCCGUCAACCCUCUGAUCUACGCCCUGAGGAACCCCAACAUCUCCGUGCUGCUGGGGCGCAGCAGAGAGGAGGGCUACCGGACCAGGAACGUCGCCGCCUACCUGUCCGGCCAGAACCGGGAGGCGCGUCGGAAACCGGCGGAGGCGAUCAGGGACCGCUACGUGAGCCGAGCGGGGGCGAACGACAGUCGGCUCUCUAGUUCGAGCCCCGGGAAAGCGGGAGGGGGGGGAGAGGUGGCCAUGUGGGCCUGCAGGAACCCGGCGGUGUUCUUCUGCAGGGACGCCCAGCCGGACACGGCCGCGCCGCCCGGCGCUGCCGGCGCCGUCAAAACGAAGACAGCCGACACCAGUCUGUGA